AUGUCACCAGGGCUAUGUGGUGUCCCCAGGGAUGUCACAGGGGCUGUGUGGUGUCCCCAGGGAUGUCACCAGGGCUAUGUGGUGUCCCCAGGGAUGCCACAGGGGCUGUGUGGUGUCCCCAGGGAUGUCAUAGGGGCUGUGUGGUGUCCCCAGGGAUGUCACUCGGGCUGUGUGGUGUGCCCAGGGAUGUCACAGGGGCUGUGUGGUGCCCCCAGGGAUGUCAUAGGGGCUGUGUGGUGUCCCCAGGGAUGUCCCCAGGGCUGUGUGGUGCCCCCAGGGAUGUCACCAGGGCUGUGUGGUGUCCCCAGGGAUGUCAUAGGGGCUGUGUGGUGUCCCCAGGGAUGUCCCCAGGGCUGUGUGGUGCCCCCAGGGAUGUCACCGGGGCUGUGUGGUGUCCCCAGGGAUGCCACAGGGGCUGUGUGGUGUCCCCAGGGAUGUCACAGGGUCUGUGUGGUGUCCCCAGGGAUGUCCCCAGGGCUGUGUGGUGUCCCCAGGGAUGUCACUCGGGCUGUGUGGUGCCCCCAGGGAUGUCAUAGGGGCUGUGUGGUGUCCCCAGGGAUGUCCCCAGGGCUGUGUGGUGUCCCCAGGGAUGCCACAGGGGCUGUGUGGUGUCCCCAGGGAUGUCACAGGGUCUGUGUGGUGUCCCCAGGGAUGUCCCCAGGGCUGUGUGGUGUCCCCAGGGAUGUCACACGGGCUGGGGACCGGGGCAGGGUGCCUGCCCUCGGUGCGCAGCUCCUUGGGAGCCGGAGGGAAAUCCUUCCCUGGGGAAGGGGAAACCUUCCCCUGUGCUGCCUGCGUGGGUUUGCGCCUCUGGGCAGAGAGACAACAGUCUGCUCCACAUCAUCAGCCUGGAUCAGUAGGAAAAAAAAGCCAUGGCCUCGGGUGGGAAUGUGGGCAGGGGAGGCAGAGCAGCUCUGCUGGGCUUGGGGGACGAAAAAAGCUCCUCAUCCCUCUCCCUGCCGCUCUGUCGGUGUCGGGAUGCUGCUGCGUUGUGACAUUUCCCAAAGCCCCCCGGCGCCCCGUGGCACCGGAUUUAAUUGUCCUCCUUCCCCCGGGCUGCUGCUCUCCGCCCUCUCCUUCGCCAGCUCCUGGCUGCGGCUGCUGAUCCAUCAGACCUGGACCAGCCCUGGCUGA